GCCAAAUUCUUGAGGCUUUGGCAAAAAAGUGCUAUUGGAUAAACUCAAAUCGGGUUUACUUCAAAAUAUGUCGGGAAAGGCACUUAGAGCAACUCGUGAGACGGUGAAAAGCAUGGAAAAAGUGAGCCUAAUUCUCUUUGAAGGAUCAAAAUACCCAAUUUUCUUUUCCUCCUCUAAACCUGAUGAAAGAGAAUGGGCAGGGGCUAUCUUCUGUUUUGGGCAAGCAAAUUAUGUGAAUUUUGCAAUAAAAGAGCAGAAGGGAGAAGAGGGAACCAGUUUAGGGGGUCACGGAUUAGGGACUGAGCCUGAUGACCAUCGUCAGAGAAGGGGUGGACCUAAAGCUCUUUCUGCUUUAGAGAUUGCACUGUUAGAGAUCCAUCACUUCCUGAAACACAGAUCAAAGCACAUGGAUUUCAGGAAAAAGUAUAUCCUGUUGCCUUGUAAAGUGAGAAUGGUCACUGGUGAUAGUAUUCAGACUGCUAAAGCUAUAGCUCUGGAAUGUGGAAUACUUGAGUCAAAUUCAGAUGCUAGUGAGCCAAAUGUGAUAGAAGGGAAAGUCUUCCGUGCAUUAUCUGAGUCUGUUAGACAAGAAAUUUCUGAGAAGAUAUCUGUCAUGGGAAGGUCAUCUCCAAAUGACAAACUCUUACUCGUGCAAGCAUUGAGGAAGAAUGGGCAUGUUGUCGCUGUAACUGGAGAUGGCACUAAUGAUGCUCCUGCGCUACAUGAGGCUGAUAUUGGUCUUGCAAUGGGUAUUCAAGGUACUGAGGUUGCCAAGGAAAGCUCGGACAUCAUCAUAUUGGAUGACAAUUUUGCUUCGGUUGUAAAGGUUGUUCGAUGGGGUAGAUCUGUGUAUGCCAAUAUUCAGAAAUUCAUACAAUUUCAGCUGACUGUAAAUGUUGCAGCUCUUAUCAUUAAUGUGGUUGCAGCGGUAUCUGUUGGUGAUGUGCCACUAACUGCAGUACAGCUUCUAUGGGUAAAUCUUAUCAUGGACACCCUAGGCGCACUUGCUCUUGCCACAGAGCCACCCACUGAUCAUUUAAUGGAAAGACAUCCUGUCGGACGAAGGGAGCCACUCAUAACAAAUAUCAUGUGGAGGAAUCUUGUAAUUCAGGCCUUGUACCAAGUUACUGUUUUGUUGGUCCUCAACUUCCGCGGUAAAGGUAUUUUGAAAUUGGAGGAUGCUAACAGAGACCAAGCUGAUAAAGUGAAGAAUACAGUGAUUUUCAACUCAUUUGUCCUCUGCCAGAUAUUCAAUGAAUUCAAUGCUCGAAAACCUGAUGAGAUCAAUGUUUUCAAAGGUGUUCAUAGGAACCGUUUAUUUGUGUUCAUUGUGAGCCUUACUCUUGUGCUUCAGGUUAUCAUUAUCAUGUUUCUUGGAAAGUUUACUUCAACAGUUAGACUCAGUUGGAAAUUAUGGCUUGUUUCGGUCGCAAUUGGAUUUAUCAGCUGGCCCCUAGCUGCUCUUGGGAAGAUGAUACCUGUUCCAGAUAUGCCAUUCAGUGAAACCUUUGGCAGAAAAAGGUGCACACGAAGAUAGACAUGGAGUUCCUGCAAUUAAGUGCGAGUCCAUGAUGCAUUAGAGUGUGUUUUUCUCAUUAUCCACUCACUAUACACUGCCAACAGUCAGCAGACAUGUAUAUAGAUUUUUGUUUUUUGAAGUUAGAAUCUAAUCAUACUCGUUGCUGUUUCUAUCGUACCCUUACAUAUAUCUUUCUAAUACAUAAAAUGCCAAAGAAAGUUAGGCAUCCCUU